GCCAAAAAUUUUAUGUUAUAUUGUAGAUUGAUCUAUAUGUUAUCCAUUCUAUGUGUUAGACUUACGAUAAAAGUAAAGGUGGGGAUACCAGAGAGCUUCAAAGUAGGAUAGUACCCCCCCAAAAAACUGGGUCGAGUCACCUUAAGUGGUACCCUUGAAAUAAAGAUACCUUAAGCCAUGUGCAGUACCAAUCCAUCAGAUCUAGCCCUCAUAGAGACAAAGGAAGGAGUUACCUAAGUAAUGGUAGAGGGAUCAUUUAGGCCGUUUUGGUGUCUAGUAAGUGUCUAGCAAGGUCUAGUAUAGCUAGGUCUAGUCAAUGACGUCACCUCAUUAGUAAAACAUAUGUGUCUAGUAAGUGUCUAGUCGCUAAUUACUAAUACUAAUUUAGGGCCUUCCUCCAUACCAAUAAGUGUCUUCUUCUCAGCCUAGUUCCUAGCCGUUCUCGGCUAGGUCAAUCCUGGACUCUACAGUGAGCUGCGACGUCACUGAGAGAUACUCGCUCGCUCUUUCCCAGACUUCGCGCGGACAACAGGGUAAGAGAGAACGCCUAGGGACUAGGCUGUCUUCUUCCAUAUCUAAUGAGCGUCUUUCUUAUACAAUGGGAACAAUAGGCUUGCCUAGGUCUGCCCCGUAAGUAACUUGAUCCCAGUUUGUCGGACCGUCCAUUAAAACCCAGAGUAGUCAAUCGAUAAAAAUCGGUAUCGAUUUGACAAUUGAUAAAUCGAUAAAAAUCGGUAAAUCUGAUUUGAUUGAUAUCGAUUGUAUCGAUCAAUCGGUAGAAAUCGAUGACACACUCGUUUUGUUUAUCGAUUUAUCUCGAUUUUUACCAAUUUCAUCGAUUUAUAUCGGAAGAAACAUAUAUCAUCUGUUCAUAAAAAAAUUAAAACUGAUUUCCUGCAAACAGUAAAUUUAUUGACAAUUGAGUGGCAAUUGAGAGUUAAAGGAUCAAACAUUUAUCAGUAUAAAUGUCAUCAUUUAUUAAAAAAACCUUUAAAAAAUCUUAUCUUUUCUUUUAGACCAAGUUUAAAAUCUUCUUGUAAGAGCUGAUAUUAACCAGGUCUGUAGGCGCCCAGUUUUUCAGGAUUUAGAUCUGCCAUUCUUUCAAAAUAACGUCGGUGUAGAUUCGGGUGCAGUUACAUCCCGGAGGACCCAGAGUAGUCAAUAGAUAAAAAUCGAAAUCGAUAAAAAUCAUUAGCAAUCAAGUGAUUUUAAUCGAUUGAUAUCAGAAAACAGUGAAAAUCUAUCGAGGAAAAUCUUUCCGCCUGAAUGUCGACUCGAAGAAUGUCUGAAAUUUAGGCUAGGAAAUCUUUAUCUAACGAUGUAUUUCUCGUGAUACUUGCCUGCGAGAAUUAAAUGUAAUUAAACCGAACCGUUUUUGUUAUUAUGUACAAAAUAAAGGGUUUUAGAGAGAAAGGUAUGUGUAAUAUAGUUUCCACAUUUCUCAUUUCAUGUUCUUUUGAUCAGUUGUUACUCGUGGAUGUGUUUUCUUAGCUGUACAUUUAACUCAUGCCAAAAAACAACAAUGGCGGACUUCCAUUAUAAAUCGUUCUGAAACCAUGAAAAAUCGGUAAUAUCGAUUUGAUACAGCAAUCCAGUUUAACAAUUUUCACUGAUUUCCGUUAUCAAUCGAUAAAAAUCACUUGAUUGCUACCGAUUUUUAUCGAUUCACUACUCUGGGAUUAAAAAAGUAGGAAUAAGAGGAGCGGUCGGCUAGCAACGCGAGAAACGGCUUAUGCCCGGGGGGGGGGGUACUUGGGUUAAGUUUUGCUUGGUAUGUGCCGCUGGCCUCUCAGAGCCCAUACCCCAUUAUAGUCUAUUCUGUGGCCAAUUAUAGACUCCAUCUUAGUCACUUUUGGGCAAAUACGUAAUUUUCGCGAUCCCAACUUAGUCACUUUGCAUUUAUGUAACUACCCUAUAUUGAAUGAAGAACACCUUACUUUUCACCUACAGUACAAACAUUCUGGUACGUUUACUAACCGUAAAUAUGAAUAACUGUCUUACCCAAAAAUCAGAAUAUGUGCGACCCCAUUCUAGUAACUCUGUUGAAAAUGCGACCCCAUUAUAGUCAAUCCAGUCGUGAAAAUGUGACCCCAUCGAGCGGCACAUCCCCAUCAGCCUCUUAUAAGGAAGUCCUCCCUCCCCUCCCCCCCGAAGGCUUAUGUCUCCUAUUUAGCCCUAGAAAACGGACAUAAACAAAACACACACUCAAAAAGUGGAGCUGAAAACUCUAUAUUUCAAUUCAGUGACUCGCUAUAAUUAUAUCUUGAGGAUUGAGGAGAAGACUAAUUAUUGAGGUCUCAGCGCUUUGUGAAUUUAUUAGGGACCUUAAGAUCCGACGACGGCGACGGCAACGGGAACGCCACAAAAGCAAUAGGUUUAAUUAGCAAAACAUUUUUGUACAUUUCUUUGCCGUCACUGCAGGACUACGACGUGAAAAUACCUAAUUUCACGAUGCACAGAGCACAUGCAGAGGAAGUACACAAGCGACGACGAAAUUCCCUCUCUCUUUCGGAACUUGGAUAUGGUUCUUAGGAAAUCAAAUUUAGGAGGGUUCGCCUACAUUUGACAAAGUUAGUGACUUGGACUAAUCGUGAUAAGAUUGAAAGAACGCGAAUUCACUUUUUCAGAGACGUUUUCUCUGCCGUAGCCGUCCUCGGAUCUUAAGGUCCCUAUUAUCUUGUUUCAUUCGCCUUUAGUCAGUUAAUUAUGCGAGUUAACAAGCCCACAUUUGCGUAAAAAUUGGUUCAGCUCUAAAGUACCAACCCCAAGGGAGAACCUUGACUUAAUAUUAUAAAAACAAAAAAUCCAUUAAUACCUAAGGAGGAUUAAUUGAAACACGCAACUAAUAAAUGGUCGCAAUAAUAAAAUCAGAUACGUUUCCUUUAACGACACAAGAAAUCAUCUUUAAGACCCUUUAAUAACUGCAAAAAUAAAAUACUCAGUGAUUUUAAAGAAAUCUAUUAAGUAAACCAAAAAAGCAAAUCUAGCUCUUUUUUUUUACACAAUGUAUAAUUUUUGACUUACCCCACCCCUCCAAAUUUUUUUGGUUUUCAUUAGUUUCCCUCCUCCUCCUCAUACGUUAUGCAGAGUUGAUACCCUCUCAGGUAUACGCUUUUAGUAUUUUGGAAUACUAAGAUUGCUAUAAUUUUGCUAGAGUUUAGUUUAUGACAAGUUAUACGACAACUUUUAGCAAGGUGCUUUUCUGACGGUUGUUUUGAUAGGCGACUCUUGGGAAUCUCAGCUUCGACCCAUUUAGCUCUUGACGUGAAAUCGACACCAGAUCGUGAAACGGUUCUCUUCGUUUUUGCUCAGAAACAGACAGACAUUCCGACGAUUAAACUAUAUGGCGUUUGUAUACUUUCUGAAGUCUAUUAAACAAUAUAUAAAUGGACAUGCAGCGAAUCAGAUUUUUUUCGGCAUACCUGAAUUUCAUUCGAUAUUCACACAGAUCUACUCUUAAAAAGGUCAGAGAUCGUCUAAAAGCUCAACAGGACUUGCUUGUAUUUGAUCUCCUGCCUUGUAAAAAUGUAAUGGGUUAUGCGUAUGAAUGUGGUAAAUAAAUAAAGGCACUUCUUCUUCUCGUAAAUGUAUUUCUAAGACCUGUCCUGCUUAUUGUCUACCUCCUUGUAGCUUUAAAGAAUAUGCUAUGAAAAAAGACGAAACAGAAGUCAAGAAAGAAUGAUACGACGAUAAAAAACCUUUCUUCAUACAUCAAGGAUCGGGACCUUCAAGAAGCGAAAAGACUUGCUAUAUUAGAACUUUAAAAGAUAAAAAAUGACAGAGGGAAUAUUAAAAAAUAUAGAUGACCUCGAAACGCAUCUUAAAAAAGCCAAAACGAAUAACAACAGAAAAGAGGAAGGAAAUACUUAUAAAAGCCUCGGCAACGCUUAUUUCUCCCUUAGCGACUUCCAAAGAGCAAUAUAUUACCACGACAAACACCUGAGCAUUGCCCAGGAAGUCGGCGACAGGGCCGGAGAAGGAAGUGCCUAUGGCAAUCUCGGCAUUGCUUAUCACUCUCUCGGAAAAUUCCAAGAAGCAAUAAAUUACCACAACCAAGACCUGACCAUUGCCCAGGAAGUCGGCGACAGGGCCGGAGAAGGACGUGCCUAUUGCAAUCUCGGCAUUGCUUAUCACUCCCUCGGCAAAUUCCAAGAAGCAAUAAAUUACCACAACCAAGACCUGACCAUUGCCCAGGAAGUCGACGACAGGGCCGGAGAAGGACGUGCCUAUUGCAAUCUCGGCAUUGCUUAUCACUCCCUCGGCAAAUUCCAAGAAGCAAUAAAUUACCACAACCAAGACCUGACCAUUGCCCAGGAAGUCGACGACAGGGCCGGAGAAGGACGUGCCUAUUGCAAUCUCGGCAUUGCUUAUCACUCCCUCGGCAAAUUCCAAGAAGCAAUAAAUUACCACAACCAAGACCUGACCAUUGCCCAGGAAGUCGACGACAGGGCCGGAGAAGGACGUGCCUAUUGCAAUCUCGGCAAUGCUUAUCACUCCCUCGGCAAAUUCCAAGAAGCAAUAAAUUACCACAACCAACAUAUGAGGAUCGUCCAGGGAGUCGGCGACAGGGCCGGAGAAGGACGUGCUUAUUGCAAUCUCGGCAAUGCUUAUCACUCCCUUGGAAAAUUCCAAGAAGCAAUAAAUUACCACAACCAACACCUGAGCAUUGCCCAGGAAGUCGGCGACAGGGCCGGAGAAGGACGUGCUUAUGGCAAUCUCGGCAAUGCUUAUCACUCCCUCGGCAAAUUCCAAGAAGCAAUAAAUUACCACAACCAAGACCUGACCAUUGCCCAGGAAGUCGGCGACAGGGCCGGAGAAGGACGUGCCUAUUGCAAUCUCGGCAAUGCUUAUCACUCCCUCGGCAAAUUCCAAGAAGCAAUAAAUUACCACAACCAAGACCUGGCUAUUGCCCAGGAAGUCGGCGACAGGGCCGGAGAAGGACGUGCUUAUGGCAAUCUCGGCAAUGCUUAUCACUCCAUCGGUAAAUUCCAAGAAGCAAUAAAUUACCACAACCAAGACCUGACCAUUGCCCAGGAAGUCGGCGACAGGGCCGGAGAAGGACGUGCCUAUGGUAAUCUCGGCAAUGCUUAUCACUCCAUCGGCAAAUUCCAAGAAGCAAUAAAUUACCACAACCAAGACCUGACCAUUGCCCAGGAAGUCGGCGACAGGGCCGGAGAAGGACGUGCCUAUUGCAAUCUCGGCAAUGCUUAUCACUCCCUCGGCAAAUUCCAAGAAGCAAUAAAUUACCACAACCAAGACCUGACCAUUGCCCAGGAAGUCGGCGACAGGGCCGGAGAAGGACGUGCUUAUGGCAAUCUCGGCAAUGCUUAUCACUCCCUCGGCAAAUUCCAAGAAGCAAUAAAUUACCACAACCAAGACCUGACCAUUGCCCAGGAAGUCGGCGACAGGGCCGGAGAAGGACGUGCCUAUUGCAAUCUCGGCAAUGCUUAUCACUCCCUCGGCAAAUUCCAAGAAGCAAUAAAUUACCACAACCAACACCUGAUCGUUGCCCAGGAAGUCGGCGACAGGGCUGGAGAAGGACGUGCUUAUGGCAAUCUCGGCAAUGCUUAUCACUCACUCGGUAAAUUUCAAGAAGCAAUAAAUUACCACAACCAAGACCUGAGCAUUGCCCAUGAAGUCGGCGACAAGGCCGGAGAAGGACGUGCCUAUGGCAAUCUCGGCAAUGCUUACUACUGCCUCGACAACUUCCAGCAAGCAUCGGUGUAUUACAACCAAAACCUGAGCAUUGUAAAGAAAGUCCGUGACAGGAAAGGAGAAGGAGGUGCCUAUGGCAAUCUGGGCAAGGUUCACUACUCUCUCAAAAACUUUCAACAAGCAAUAGAGUAUCAAAAUAAAUUCCUGAACAUUGCCAAGGAAGUCGGCGACAGAAAAGGAGAAGGACUUGCCUAUUGCUAUCUCGGCAUGGCUUAUUUGUCCCUUGACGAGUUUCAACAAGCAAUAGAUUACUUAAGGCAAUUUCUGAGCAUUGCCGAGGAAGUCGGUAACAAGUUCUUUGAAGGAGACGCAUAUUGCAGGCUGGGUAGUUGUCUUUUAGAGUUAGGUUGUUGGGAUGAAGCUUUAUUUCAUUUUAUCACCAGCGUAGAAAUCCUUGACGCUAUCAGGGCUAGUUGCAUUUUUGAAGAUGCAUUGAAAAUAAGUUUUCGUAAUCUUUAUAAUUGUGCCUACACUUGUUUAUGGCAAAUUCUAAUAAUACUUCAAUUGACAGAUGAGGCUUUGUACGCUGCAGAGAAGGGACGAGCACAGGCCUUAGCAGAUGCGUUAAAAAUAAAUUAUGGCUUAACAUCACCUUCGCUCAAGUCAAAUGAAUCUGAAGAAGAACUCACAAUUAUUUUAAAGAAGAUAUCAGUUUCGACAGUUUUUCUGGCAGUUCAAAAAGAAACGGUCAAUAUGUGGGUCCUGAGGAAGGAAAGGAAAGCUAUUUUUAGGCAAGCGGAGCUUAAAGUUGAAAGUGCGCACGAAGAUUAUUCUGCUGUACUUUUAGAAACUACCUUGAAAAACCUUUGGGCUGGCGUCGAUGUUCGGUGCGAGAAUCGGUCAUUGGGUGAGCGAAAGGAUAACCAAACUUCCAGUACUGAAAAGGAUGAUCAAACAUCGGAGCUGUCGCACGAGACUAUCGACUGUUUUAAGCCAUUGUAUGAUGCAGUCAUUGGUCCCAUUGAAGACUUGCUUGAUGGUGAUGAACUCAUUGUAGUCCCUGAUGGCGCUUUGUCCUUAGCUCCUUGGGCCGCGCUAAGUGGACCUUUAAGGAUCCGCACAGUUCCCUCACUGACAAGUCUGAAAUUGAUCAUAGAUUCUCCAGAUGAAUACCACCGUAAAAGUGGCGCCCUACUUGUUGGAGAUCCAUGUCUGAAGAAAGUUACAAAUAAAGGGGGUUAUCCUAUUUAUGAUCAGCUGGAAUACGCAAAAAAGGAAGUGGAGAUGAUUGGAGAAAUUCUUAAGUGCCAACCACUGACGGGAGAAGCAGCGACCAAAAAAGAAGUUCUUCGCAGAAUAAAUUCAGUUGCCUUGGUUCACAUUGCAGCACACGGAAGUAAAGAAACUGGUGAAAUUGCUUUGGCUCCAGACCCUUGCUGGGAAUCCCAGAUUCCUGAGGAGGAAUAUUUUUUGAGAAUGUCUGAUAUACAAGCUGUUAAACUGAGAGCCAGGCUGGUUGUCCUUAGUUGCAAUCAUAGUGGUCAAGGAGAGGUCUCGUCUGAGGGUGUGGUCGGUAUUGCUCGGGCUUUCUUGUUUGCUGGUGCUCGUUCCGUGGUGGCGACACUCUGGCCAAUUAAUGACGAAACAACCCUGGGGUUUAUGAAAAGUUUUUACCAACACCUGAGGGGUGGAGAAAGUGCUAGUUCUGCUCUUCAGAGAGCCAUGAAAUGUCUCCGGGACUCGGACAAGUUUUCUGCCCCAAAGUACUGGGCUCCAUUUGUACUGAUUGGUGAUGACGUUACGAUUGAAUUUGAUGAAAGUAACCGCGAAAGUCGUAAGUAG